AGAGACAGCGAGAGACCCCGUGUGUGCGGUGAUCAGUUUCCUGCUGAACGUUAGCACUGUUGGGUGUCUUGUGAGGCGCGAUCGCGAUCGCGUUGAAUCUUGAAAGAAAAAAAAAGGUGAAGCAGCAAAAAAAUGGUGGAAACUACGCGGCAGGAGGACACCACACCAAAGGCACCAGCGGGAUCCAGCACGGAGGAUCACUACCAGCCCUCAGUGCGAAUGCUGGAUAUACCAAAGUGCCCAAAUGGAUCCUGUGGCUUCCACCUUUCGCGCAGCAAAUGGGAUCCGUAUCCGUGGGUGAGCGGGGUCGAUAAGGAAUCUCCGGCUGAAGUAACCGGAUUGAAGGCUGGCGAUUGCGUUUUGGAGGUGAACAGCGAGGAUGUUCUUGGGAUGAGAAUUGCGGAAAUCGCCAAUAUGGUAAAGAGUCGUUCAGAUCGUGUAACCCUCCUCCUUUGGAGCACAGGGUUGGAUCCACAGUGCACCCCUGAUUCCCUCUGCUGUGGUCCAAUGCCACAGAACCUGGAGCGCCUGUCUGCCAGCAUGUCCACCAUCCUGGCAGCCAUGGAGUGCCCCGUGUGCAUGGACACAAUUCCCCCGCCAGCCAUUCAAUGCCAAAAUGGGCAUCUCGUGUGCGCUAAAUGCCGAAUGCGUGCUGACAAAUGCCCUGUUUGUCGUGAAAAGUAUCACCUGAGUCGCUCUCUCAUUGCUGAACAGGUGUACAACUCCAUCCGUGAUGCCUUCAAUCUGCACGAUGAGAUGGAUGGAAAGUUGCGGGAGAAGCUUUUUGGCGCCAAAGCCGUGCGAGCAACAUCCUUCAUUCGCACCAAUAAUGGCAGCAAUAAUAAAUCAUCCUCACAGUCACCCACGCAGAAACUCCUUGCCAAGCUCAUGGGAAAAGCCACAUCACUGGAUAAUCUCAGCUCUACGCGACAUCUCACACCCCUUGCGGAGGACAAUGUGAACCUCAAGACAAAAUCCUUCUCCUCCAGUGAGAUCUUCAUUCGCCCCGAAGCUGUGUCCGUUAUGCGUGGUCCAUCAGCUGUUACGCCCACACUUGGAACGCGUCGUCCACCAUCCUGCCACACAUCCACGGAAAGUGUUAUUGAGAUUGUUGUGCCAAAGCUCGAGAAUUCAUUCAGGUGUCCCAGCGCUGUGGAAUGCACUGCCUCCUUGACAAGUGCUGAACUUCGACAUCACGUCCUGGAGGUGCAUGGUGUUCCCUUAUUAGCCUUUGGAACGGCCUCAGCUGAAAUUUCCCUCCCACCCAGAACACCCGUUGAAAAUGCAUGCCUUUUGUUGCAGCUAGAGCAGAAAAUCUUCUGGCUGCGUCUCGAUGCCUCGCAAGAAGAUCUCUUUACAUCCGCGCUACUUCAGGCUCCGACUUCUGAGUGCUCAAAAUACCUCCUUGAAGUUGUUGUCCAGAAUAAUCCGGCUGAGAAAUUAAAGCAACGACAGCUAAUCACGCGGAAUCCCGUGUAUUCCCUUCAGAAUCAUUCCUGGCAUGAUAUUCUGCACAGCCGGAAGGGGAUUCUCUUCACAAAGAAGAGCAUAGCAUCGACUUUUCCUUCCGACAGCGAUACCCUCAUUCUCAAGGCAACCGUUAAAACAAUGGAGGACUUGGAGUGAUUUUCAAAAUCACACCAAACUGCCUACAUCUGGGCAAAAAGAUGUCUUACAACGGAAAGUUGUAGAGUCAAGACGUUCGAGGGUAAAAUCAAACACUUGGCAUAGAUUUACACAAUUUUUAUUCUUUUUUUCACCUUACAAAUAAAUCUUGUUUUUUUUUAUACUUGCAAA